UUUUUCCCUCUUUUUUCUAAUCUUUCUCGCUUUUAAAAAUUCCCUCUAGACCAAGGCCCUACUCCCCUCUUUCAAGACAUGUCAUUGUUUUCUUUUUCUUAUCGUUAAUUCCUAAUCCGCCAUGCUAUCGUUUUGUUAUCUUCUCUAUCUUCUUACCUUAUACACGUCCUCUAUCAUUUGACUCAUCACCCUCCGAUACAAUCCUUGGUUCCCAACGAUACUGUACGCAGUGUUGCCACCAUCCGCUAUUUAACUAUAUACCAGGCGCUGCCCACUUCUUCAUCUGAUUUCUAUAUUGCCUCGCGAGAAGAAAACCAUUCAAUCCAUCUCGAACCUUAUCACUAACUUAUACACUUAUUCAUAUACAUCCAAUACUCAACUCGGCAUAUCUUAAAGAGUUGGAAAGACGUGACUUGAUCACGCUCAUCUAUACUUCUUCUUACGCUUCACCUCCCGCGUUUCCUAGCGAACCUGGAUAGUUUCACCAUGGCGGGACAUUUACGACUAUCGAUCCGCACCGGGAAUCACAGUGACAAGUCUGCACCUGUGCCACCGCUGACCGUCGUGCCCGGACUGACCCCUCCGGUCACACCCACUAUAGCGGACGACUGUCAUUCAUGUGGUACAAGGACAGCGGGAUCAAGUCGUUCAAGUUCCUUCAUCUCCCAAGAUGGAGAAAAACCACAAGACCUUUAUCAGGACGGCAUCCGCCUCUCGAGUCCGCUCCAAUAUACCGAUGAACUAGAAUUUCAACAUGAUCCAAAAGGCCGCCCAAUCGAAUUCGGUCGUGGUGUUUGGAGUGUCGUCUAUAAAGCUUCAUCUAGCCCUUCGUCGAAAUCGCCUUUGAUGACCCCUCCUAGUUCACCAGCAGGGGGAGGUCGGGUGGUAGCAGUCAAAUACCCCGUCCGACGAGAUGCACAUGCCGUCCUUGACGCUGAAGCUCUGGCGUUAACCCGUCUUAGUCAGGUACAGGGCUCGCAGCGUCAUAUUAUCCCUUUCCAUGGCUACAUUCCUGAGACCCAUUCCAUUGUCAUGUCCGCUGUGCCCCUCUCACUUUCAACGUACAUCGAAGAAAAGGCCGACCUUGCUCAAAAACACAAGACUACUCGGACCAUGUUUGAUCCCGUUGAAGGCAUGGCUCAGUGGCAAGAUCUUGUGAAAAAACUUGUCACCGGUCUGCGUUGGCUUCAUACGGAGUGCCUGAUAGUGCAUGGGGAUAUCAAACCUCAUAACAUCUUAUUAAAAUCACGACCAGUCGAAAACGACACAAAUUCCAACGGCGUCCCGUUUGACCCGCUGUUCGCCGACUUCUCUUCCGCACAUAACAUCUCCGGCUCCUCGUUGUCUGCCGAGAAAGAGACUGGGACCUCACUCACGGCUUUAACACCACCUUUCGCCGCCCCCGAGUUGUUAUCCGUAUCAUCGUUGACGUCUCCGGGCACGGGUCCCACUCCCGCAUCCGAUGUGUUCUCUCUGGCAGUUACCCUUCUCGCGGCGGCGACGGGUGAUUUGCUACUAUAUCCUGGUACCAGCAAUAUGCAACGCCUGGCUAUGGCCCGAGAAGGCCACCGGGUGAUUGACUUUGCUCGCUCGGGUCCCAACGGCUCCCGGGUCCCCCGCAAUGGAUCUGUCGAGCAGGUACUUAAACCUGCCGUUGUCAAGGACCCAUCUCAGCGCAUCCAACCCAAUGAAUGGGCGGACUUGGUUGCUGCCGUGGCUUAAAGUCAAGGUAGCAACGUGCAUCGCCCUUCCAUUCAACAAUCUUCCAAAAAACACAUUACCAUCGAAUUUUCCGCUCUUAUAUAAUUUUGCAUUACCCCAUCUUUUGUGAACCAGCUCCACUUGGGUCUUCAUUUUUUUUCUACUGAACUCGAACGUAUUCUCCCUUCUCCUCUUCUUAUCUUUCAUCAUUUUUCUUUUAUCCCUCUUUCUCUUUUCCUACAACAUAAUAUUAAAUGAUACCCUGUUGAUUCCCAUGUGAAUCUUCACCACAUGUCUCCUAGACCAUUUCAAAACAUCAAAGAGAGUGUCUUACUAGAAUACUGACUCCUUACCUUCUUGCAUGUAUUUCAGUAUUCAAUUCAACUGUUUGAUCGGGCGCGGAAUGCAACAAGGAAUAUUCCUUGACCCGUACAUAAAUGUACGAAGAUGCCUGAAAGAGGUCCUGUGGAAUUGUAGAAUUUUCCAAGUGGGGUAGACUUUCAAAAUGAGGUUAGAUUGGAGGGUAUGCUUUUAGAUCAUCAUAACUAGUCUUAUAUAGUAUAAUACAAGAUACGCUGCUCAUAAUACAU